UGUUUUGUUCCGCCGAGUUUCAAUUCUUAAAUUCAAAGCUCAGAAAUGGUAAAAGUACAAAAACCCUUGCCUAAAUCUCUAAGCAAACAGCAUGAAGGCAAAGGCGUUACUAAGAAGAAGCAGAAUGUGGACAAAGUUAAAGCGGCGCUGGCUACAGAAUCGAAACCACCGGUAGCUUCCUCCUUGUUAAAAAAGAAGAUAGUGAGCGCAAAUAACCCCGUGGAAGUGUCGAAAAAGGCACCAACAAAGUCUGUCAAAACAACAUUGCCUGCCAAACAAGCGGUUGAAAAAAAGGCGAAAGCCAUUAAAAGACCACUAAUUUUAGCACCACCAGAGUCGCCUUCGGCUACACCACCUAUAAAAAAGAAUGAAGUCCAGAAGAGUGCUAAACAGGCAAAAGCAACCACAAAACCACAGGUUUUGGCACCACCUGAGUCACCUGUCGUAUUGAGUACCAAAAAGAAUCAGAAGGCCACUAAACCAGCAAAGGUAAAUAAGGAAGACAAGCCACUAAAGCAAGUGGAAACAGCAGAUAAAUCCGCAGCGUCCAAGCCUGCCAAAAAUCAAACGAAGGCCGUUGCAGUCAAAUCGCAGAAUGUUGUUAAAAACGGAAGUGCAAAGAAGGCAAAAGAACUGAAGGAAGUCAAGCCACUAAAGCAAGUGGAAACAGCAAAUAAAUUCGUAGCGUCCAAGCCUGCCAAAAAUCAGACGAAAGCCGUUGCAGUCAAAUCGCAGAAUGUUGUUAAAAACGAAAGUGCAAAGAAGGCAAAAGAACUGAAGGAAGUCAAGCCACUAAAGCAAGUGAAAACAGCAAAUAAAUCCGUAGUGUCCAAGCCUGCCAAAAAUCAGACGAAUGCAGUUGCAGUCAAAUCGCAGAAAGUUGUUAAGAAGGCAAAAGAACUGACCAAGACAAAGAAACCAAUUGUCGGCAAGAAAAUUUACAAGGGUCGUUUUAAUAAAAACAAAAAGGGUAGCAAAGUCAGCAAGGGAAGCAAGAAGAUCGAAAAGAAAAACAAAGAGGAGCUUCAAUACGAUUUAAAACUUCUUGAUAUUGAACAAUUUAAUGAAAUCGUCUGCAAAUCAAAAGUGCAAGCCAUUGUAGAGGCGCUGAAAACUCAAGCAGCCGCCGAGGUUCAAAAACAAAAGUCGACAUCUAUUUUCAGCGACUUUCGUUAUCUGCUGCAAGUAUGCAGCUUCAAAAUAGCCAGCUGUCCGAAGCGGAUGGUCAAGCUAAAUCUGAAUCAUUCGCUGGUUGGUGAAAACGAUGAUGUAGCGCUCAUUGUCACUGAUUUGCAACGCGGAGCCCGCUUUGAAUAUGAGCCGACCAAGCAGCACUAUGAGGACUUGUUGCGUGAGUUAGGUGUGGAGCAGCGCCUGAAGGUGGUGCCCUUCAAUCAGCUGCGACAGGAGAUGGGCACGUAUGAGGCAAAGCGCAAAUUCGUUAACAGCUAUGAUUAUUUGCUCUGCGAUGGACGUAUCUCGGGUCACGCGACUGCAUUCCUUGGCCAGUGUACGCAGAAGCCACGCAAUGUGCUGCACGCCGUCCAUCUGACCAAACCAGAAAAUAUAAAAGCAGAAAUUACACGUGCCCUCAAUCGCACUGCUUACAGACAAUUAGAGAAGGGCGAUUUAACUUCCAUUCCGAUUGGCAAUCAUGAACAUAGUUCUGCGCAGCUAGCGGAGAAUAUUUUGCUUGUCACGGAGCAAUUGAAACGCGUAUAUCCUGGUGGGUUGGCCAACGUACGAUCGCUGUUUAUUAAAAUAGAUAUUGCGGGUACCUCCGCCCUGCCGCUGUAUAUAAGCAUGUGCAGUCCCCCCGAGACACCGUAUGUUGUGGGACCAAAGGAGCAGCGGAUGUUAAAGAUGAAGCAAGAAGCUAAUGCAGUUCUAGGCAAUUUUACACUCACUAAGGAUGCCGAGUUCGUCAAGCUGAAUAGUACGCAGAGAAAACGCAGAAUUGAGUUGCAACAGAAACGCGCCGAGCUGUUGGCUGCUGAAAAGGACGAUGAAGAAGACAACGCUGUGCCCUCAAAGAAGGCGCGCAGUGACCCUGCAACCCAAGUAAAAGGCACGACUGCAAACGAAAGCAAUAAAAACGUCGAACAGUCUAAACAGAAGGAGGAUGAUGAAGAGGAAGACACAGAUAGUAAUGCCGACAAUGUCGAGUUGGAUUCCAGUGAUCAAGAAGGCGAUGACGACGACGAAGGUGAAGAAGUUGACGAAGAUGAGGACUAGAAGAAGUAAGAAAAGGAAUUUUCAUUAAAUUUGAAACAUUCAACUUAGGAUUGUAUAAGUUUUAAUAUCCAAUGCACUUCAUAGCCAUGAUUAAAAUAUUUUUUACUGCAUUAAGUAAACACA